AGAGAAACAUCUGCGUGUAUGAUUUGCAACCCAGCGGCUCGUCGUGAAGAUGGCUUUGUUAAAGCUGUUGCCGCAGGUUCCCGAAGAUGAAGGCACCCAAAGGUGCAGGCUGGGGCCUGCUGUAUUCUCUGCCCUGGGUGCCACACUGGGCUCCCCAGUGAAGAUCACCCUCCCUUCUGGCAGCUGUCUCUGUACCGCCUGGCCGAGGCACGAUUUGGCUGAUGGCUAUUUGCAAGUCGAUCUCAAGUGCAGAACUUUGGGCUUAAAGGAGUGCCAGCCCCAAAAUCUCACAGUGAGCAUGGACCACUUGAAGCUGUUGCCUUCUUGCAAGCUAAGGAGGGUGACCGUCAAAGUCGUCUUCAAGAACCGUGCGUUGAAAAAAUCCACUCCGAAAACCAUGGUGCAGGACGUGGUCAAGGAACUUCUGAGAAAGGCCUACGUUUCUCCCCGUCACGUCAUUACCUUUGCGCCAAUUCCGGGCAAUCCAUUGGCAUGCGUUGAAAUAUUGUCCGUGGAGCCUGCCACUGCAGAAGAAGCCGGUUUGGUAACCCUCAAAACCGGUGUAACCGUUAAAGAGGCAGUCACACUAGAUUGGCACAACCGUUCGACGGAGGACGGUGCAAGAAUCCCGGUGGCGGGCAUGAACGACGCCAGCAGUUCCUUGAAAGAGAUGAUCGACUUGCCCUUGCGCUUUCCGAAAACCUUCCAGAAGCUGGGCCUAUCCGUCCCUAGAGGAGUGCUUUUGGUGGGGCCUCCAGGAGUGGGCAAAACUCUUCUGGUGAAAUCAGUCGCCAGGGGAAUUGGUGCCAGCCUGCUUUGCAUUGACGGCCCUAUUAUCUAUGGUUCGAGGCCCGGUGAAAGCGAGGAGAACUUGCGGCGAGUUUUUGAGCAAGCAAGAGUAUUGUCUGACGAAGGACCAGUUGUUCUUUUUAUUGACGAGAUCGACUCGUUGUGUCCUAAACGGGGAAGUUCGAGUAAUGCCCCGGAAAAUCGUCUGGUGGCUCAACUGCUAACUCUUCUAGAUGGCAUCGGGGGAGAAAAUCACGUAGUGAUCGUGGCGGCAACAAAUAGACCCGAUUCUCUGGACCCUGCACUUAGGAGGCCAGGCAGACUGGACCGAGAGGUUAUAAUCGGGACGCCGACCGUGAAGCAAAGGAGGUCUAUUCUGCAGCUGAUUACUGCUGGCAUGCCUGUGUCGAACGAUGUUAAUUUGUUUGAACUUGCAGAAAUAACCGCCGGUUAUGUUGGAGCUGACCUUACGGCGCUCUGCAGAGAGGCGGCGAUGCAAGCUGUGUUUCGUGCCUCUUUGGAUUCAAUUGACACAGUGCACAUGUCGGACUUCCGUGAAGCGUUGAAAAAGAUUCGGCCGUCCUCAGUUCGAAGUGGAGUUGGGCUGGCAGACUUCAGGCCCGUCACCUGGGAUCAGAUUGGUGGCCUUGAAGACGUGAAACUCAAGUUAAAACAGAGCAUUGAAUGGCCUAUAAAAUUCCCAGAGGCUUUUGUGAGAAUGGGGCUUGCCCGCCCGAAGGGCAUCCUUUUGUACGGACCGUCAGGUUGCGCCAAAACUACGCUUGAAGCAGCAGCCACAAGCUGUCACUGUUCCUUUCUGUCUGUGAGCGGCGCCGACCUUUUCUCGCCUUACGUUGGAGAUUCGGAGAAGAUUUUGUCUCAGGUAUUUCAUCAAGCAAGAGCCAAUACGCCUGCAAUUGUGUUCCUUGAUGAGAUCGACUCCAUCCUGGGAUCUCGGUCAGUCAGUAAAACAGGGCAUGGUGUCCAGGAGAGAGUUCUUUCUGUCCUCCUUAAUGAAUUGGAUGGUGUUGGGCUGAAGUUAACGGAGAGGAGAGGAAAUAAAGCCGAGUUGGAAAACGACAGUCAAGAACAAACAGAAAAUGAUAGAGAGCUGGAAUUUCUGGAGGUUUUUAACAAAGAUGUCAUUGUCGUCGCUGCAACCAACAGACCAGACAUGUUGGACGAUGCCUUGUUGCGUCCUGGGCGGUUUGACAAGAUCAUCUAUAUUCCACCUCCAGAUCAGAAGGGAAAGAUUUCUAUUUUGAAAAUCUGCACUGAAAAAAUUCCCGUUGAUCCUGAUGUUUCUCUAGAGGAUAUAGCAGCUCGUGCUAAUCUGUUCUCUGGAGCUGACCUUGAGAAUCUUGCAAGGAGGCUGCUUUAUUGGCAUUGCAAGAGAACAAAGUUGAAGCAACACCCGUGAAGCA